AUGACGCAUAUCGUGUUCCCGCUUUAUUGCGUGUUUCUUUAUAUUCUGGGAAUUUACAUACUAGUUAAUUCUUAUACAGUUCAAAGACAAGCAGCCCGUCAGGCUUUAGAUUACGUGGCUUUCAUUGAGAAUUUGGACAACUGCAGUCUGGGAACCGGGGAAUCCCUAGAUCUCGUGUUUGACCACACUGUAUGGAAUCCCCACGCACUUGCUGCAGUCCGAUUGGCCAAUUUCAUCUCCAAAAUUAUUUCCAGCAACAACAACAGCAUGUCUUCUUUGUCUGAUGACGUCCUUUUCGCUCUCGUCAGGAACAAUGUUCACCUGAAAUCGAUCAUAUUUGGUUCGGGAACGCCAUUUGAACCACACGAGUCUUUGAGAUAUCCCCUGUUUUGUCCUUAUGCAUACAGGGACGAAAACCAGACAUCUGUUCUCUCUAAAGAUAUUGCUGUAGAGUAUAAUUACACAGACCCCAGAACCGAGUACUACAAUGUACUCCGCUAUAAGGACUUCAGCAAUAUAUCCCUGGAGACAGAUAAAAUCCAGUUCAGAUCUGGCGAUUCUCUCCUUCCUGCUGUGGAGGUCACGCAGCCCGUGGCCACACUGGAUGACGGCCAUUGGACAAAGCCCUACUUUGACUGUGGAGGGGGAAAUGUGUGGAUGGUGACUUAUUCAUCUCCAAUAUUUGGACUAGCACCGGACAAAAAGUCCGUUGUUUUCAGGGGCGUGGCAACUAUUGACGUAGAACUCACUAACGUUGACGUAAAUCAGUGUGACGUUGAUACAAUCUCGACAAAGAAGGGGAUGUUUGACAUCUUUAGAGGAACUCAUCUCUGUCAACCUUCCACAACAUGUGUUUUCACUCCUGGUCAUGGGUUUGGUCGAGGAGCCUACAUCUGUACAUGCGCCAAAGGAUAUUUCUUUCCAUUUAUAAAAGCCGAAGAGAAGUUCUACAAUGGUUCCGACAUUGAAAACACUUCCAGUAACAAUAUGACGUCACUGUCGCAGUACACGUGUACUCCUUGCGCGCCAGGUUGUGCUGUUUGCAUAGAUUCGUCGCCUUGUCUGUUCACGAGAAACAUUGCAAUGAAAGGGAUAAUUCUUGUUCUGACAAUGAUCGUCAUAUUCCUGAUUCUUUUAGUAUCAGCUUCGGUAUACCGUUUGAGAGAAAAUAAGGUAAUGAAGAGUGGGAGUCCUAUAUUUCUCCUUUUGAUGUGCAUUGGAGGUAUCUUAAUGUGUUUGCAGAUGUUUGUGAUGUUUCCUGACGCCAAUGACAUAUUAUGUACGAUCCUACCAUGGCUAUAUCAUGUAGGAUUUUUUCUGAUGUAUGGGGCACUCCUCUUAAAGACAUGGAGAAUAUCAGUAAUUUUCCGAAGAGGACAACUAAAAAAAGUACAUAUAACUGAUAAAACCUUAUUACGUCACAUGGGGGUGAUCCUUGCAGCUGUAAUAGGUUAUUUGGUGGCAUGGACUGCAGCCAAUGACGAAACUUCAAAAGUCGUGAAAACUUCCUCAGGAUUAAAGUUUGUGAUGUGCACAGACAAUUGGUGGUCGUAUUCCGCGUAUGGAAUGGAAGUUCUAAUGUUGUUGUUCGGGGUAUACUUAUGUUUCACGGUACACAAAGCCCCAGCAUCCUUUAACGAAAGUAAGCACAUUUCAUGGUCCAUUUACAACGCCAUCAUCGUCAGUACCUUCAUCUUGAUCGUCAAUUACUUUACUGCUGAAUCAGUAGGACCAGAUUUGAUAUACGCCAUGGUCUUUCUGAAUUGUCAAGUUGUUGUGACAACGACAAUAGCGAUGAUAUUUCUACCAAAGUUUUAUGCCGUUCAUAUGAAAGUAGAGGUUAAGCGAAGGGACAGUUUAAAAACUAUUACAGGUAGGAUGAAAACUUAUACCAGCAGUGGCCAACAUCGCUCUAUAGCUGUCCAAACGAUAAGUACUGGGGAGGAAACGGAGAACACGGGUAUUAGGAAGAGAGAGCAAAAGGAGAGUAAGCCAGCAGAUGAUUUAGUAAAUGGAAAAUUUGAGAAGUUUGUGCCCUUUGUGUAUAUUCAAGGCAGUGUUGAGCGCAAAGAACCAUGAGGGAACCCUGUGUAUACAUCGAGCAACUCCGAAAUGGAGCAUGAAGUGAUAAUGUUAUUAGAAUUGAACAAUUUACUCUUGAUUAUCUUAAUUUUUGGUCUGUACUCUACCAGUUCCCAAAGAGACUUUCUGAUAAUAAUUAAUUAUUCUAAACAAUAAUGAAUAUUCUCGAAUCACUUGACAAAACUUCAGGGUAGAUGUCUUGUAAUUCUGUUUAUAUCUUGUAAUACUUUUCAAUCAUAUUAUGUCACCGAUUUUCAUAUUUAUCAAUGAAUUAACUAUUUUUAUCUAAAAAAAAAAAAAAAGAAAGGAAUAUGUGCAUAUUUAAA